GGAAUAUUUGCAAUUGAACCAGGGAUUUUUAAAUAUGUGCCCUAUUUAGAAACAAUAGAUUUGUCAAAGAAUAUAAUAAGAGGGGUACUUCCAGUGACCAGGGGUGUGCUUUUGGAAAUAUACUUUAUGAUACAUCUAAAGGUUGUGAAAAUAGAAGGCAACAGUCAAGGUUCAUUCCAAAAAAACAAUCCAUAUGUCCCAUUUUCUAAAAGAAUGAGUGAAAAUGAAUGGGCUCUUCCUGGGGGCCUCAUUGAGGUACAUCUGAGAGAGAGUAAUGUGGAUUAUACCCCUUGUCAUUUACCAUAUGGAAUAAGGUUUCAACGAAACAAUAACAUCAAGAUCAUUGAAGCCUCUGCUAGUUUUAUCACCACUUAUAUAGGCAGAGCACUGAAAGGACUGGUUAAUUUGGAAAGACUUGUAUAUAGUGAUAAUGACUGCAUAAUUGCACCUGAAUUCUUCACAUGUGAGACUGGAUACUUUGAAAGACUACAAUAUCUUGACUUGGCCAACAACAGAGCAAUACUUCAUUCCUCCAAUUCUUCUUCCACCAUCUUCAGAAACUGUUCCCAACUGCAACUAAUUGAUGUGUCAUACAAUGAUAUUACAGAUAUUGAUGCAAAGGCCUUUGUUGACACAACAGGACUUGAAAUUCUCAACUUAAGUGGUAACAAAAUGAAACAGAUCACAAUAUUACUGGAACAGCUUAAAUCAAUGAGACUGCUCAAUAUAUCAAACAAUCAUUUAAAUGCUAUUGAAGAGAACAAAAGAAAGGAAAUUGAUGAACUAAUAAGAACAUCAAGAACGAAUUUGACAAUAGACAUCAGACAUAAUCCUUUGAUCUGUAACUGUGAUUCUUUCAAGCUUAUAGACUGGAUGCAGACACAUAGUUAUAACAUCUACAAAUGGCAAGAAGUAACAUGUAUUCACAUCAAUGGCUCAGAAGUGGCAAUCAAUGACAUUUUGUUACCUGGGAUGGAAUGGGAUUGCUGGAAGGCUAUGAUAAUUCCACCUGUGGUAUCUUUUGGACUUGUUGUUCUAGGCAGUGUGCUUGUUAUCUGUAUCUACAGGCGUAGAUACAAAAUACACUAUCUAGCCCUUCUUAUAAGGGCAUUACUCAGACGUCAUCAACAGGUUGAUUUUCAGUUUGACUUUGAUGGAUUUAUGAGUUACAGCUCUCUGGACAAAAACUGGGCACUGACCAACAUAUAUGCACAUCUAGCAGAUAAAUACAACUAUAAUAUAUGCAUAGAUGACCGCAACUUCAUGCCAGGUGCUUACAUUGCUGACAUUAUCAUUGAAAGCAUCAGCAAAAGCAACAAAAUAAUUCUGAUUAUCAGCCAUAAUUUUCUCCGAAGUGGUUGGUGCACAUUUGAAAUGAACCUUGCCAGAGGUGAGCUUGCUACCAGGGGGCGAGACUGUUUGAUAUUGAUACUAAAAGAGCCUGUGGAUGUCCUACCCCCAGAGCUGAUCACACCCACUCUACGUUCACUACUUGAGACCCAGGUGUACCUGGAGUGGAGUGAGGAUGAUGACAGGAAACAGCUGUUCUGGAGGAAGAUGAAAGAUGCUCUUGGUGACCCAAGAUACCAGGGAGAUGAAGACAGCCAGUAUUUAUACCAGAGUAAUGAUGGUGACAAUGAAGUUCUACAAAAACUUAUUGGAUAAUGAAACACUAUCUACAUGUAGAUUUGUAGAUUGACCUAUUGAGAAAUUGACCCUCUAUACAUUUGAUGAGAAGUUAAAAACUUAAUGAUACUCUAUGAUAUUUAAGUUCGACCUGAACUCAUAUCCUUGAUUCUGUUAACCAUUAACGUCAGUGACACAUAAAGUUUAUAAACAAAACAUAUAGGAGUUGCAAUCAGGAUUCCUAAUGAACCUGUUAAAAAUCUGACAUUUUUAACUCUCUCACUAACUUGGUUUGAUAAUGUUAUUAUAUAAGUAAUCCUAUAUUCCAUGUAUAAGCCAAGAUUAAGAUUUUACAUAUCAUGGCUUUGAUCAGUUUAGUCUAAUAUUACUACA